AUGACUGAGGUCAAAAUCACCAACGCAGAUAUUGGAGACAAACUACGCGGUAAGACCGCCAUAGUCACUGGUGGCUCAUCGGGCAUAGGUCAAGGCAUCGUUCACUACCUCACUGGAGCAGGGUGCAGGGUCCUCAUCGGCGACCUACAGCCUCCGACCUCCCCCAUUGAGGGACCAAUAUACCACAAGACCGAUGCAGGCGACUGGGACAGCCUUCUAGCAUUAUUCAAGAAAGCUGAAUCGAUUUUUCCCAAUGGCCGGAUUGACAUCGUCGUGCCCAAUGCUGGCUUCGGCGACCGGGGCGACUUCUUUGACCACAAGCAUCCGAAUGGCGACCCAAUCAAGCCGGAGUUCAACUGCAUGAAGGUCACGCUGGUGGGCCAGAUGUACACGGUAAAGCUCGCGAUGCACUUCAUGCGCAAGCAACGCCCGCAAGGCGGCGUCAUCGUGUCAACCGUCUCGCGUAGCGGCUAUGAUUGUCAAAGUAUCCCUGUAUACGCCGUUUCCAAGCACGGCAUGAUCGGCCUCAUGCGUGGUCUGCGCAACCAGACGCCGCACUGGAACAUCCGCAUCAACUCAAUCGCACCGCAUGUAACAGACACGGCGGCAGUGAGGAGUCUGCCGACACUGGUGCCGGAUCUGUUGAGGGUUGGCAUCCCAGUGAGCACGGUUGAAGAGACGGCAAGGGCGGCUGCGUUCUUGGCGGCGAAUGAGAGCUAUAAUGGUUGUACGAUAAGUAUCAUGGGAAGUGAGUAUCGAGAGCUGGAGAGCGGAGUGGAGAGGCACAAGAAGGACGUUAUGGGCGAUGAUCCGAGGUUUCGGAUGAACGAGGAGCAGCAGGCGGUCAUGGAUAACAUCUUUCCUGCUGCGUCGAAGUGGUGA